AUUUUGGAUCCUUACAGCAUGUCCAAGCCCGCGCCGCGUGUCGAAGUCCUCAGCAAGACAAACGUCACCCUCACAGUGUCUGUGACGCCUGCGUCGAACAAGAUGCAGCUGGCGUACAGUGAGUAUGGAUACGUGUACUACUCGUGGACUGAGGUGGACAUUGUUGCGUCUCCGUCCACGAUCAAAGGAUUGCAGCCAAAUACGUGUUACAUCGUCAAAGCUCGCCAUUGGAACGACGAGACGAGUACAUGGUCGGACUACGGCCCCCUCAGCCAGUACAUGCGCACUUUCUCGGAGGAAGAGGAAACCAAGCGCAGCAGCACGUACUACGAACAUGCGCUAAAGAUGGAAAAGGAGCACCGUCAGGAAAUGCAGAACCAGAUUGAAAAGCUGCAGCGAAUGCUUACAGACCCUGGCGCCAAGAAACGCCAGCCAACGCCGCAAGAGAAUCUCAUGGAGAGCCGUAUGGACGUAGAAGCCACAAUCUCAAAGCUCAAGUCGGAGAUUAAGGUUCAAGCGCAAUCGAUGGAAGCGCUGGCGAAGAUGCGAAGAAUGGACGAGCAAGUGAUUACGGACCUCCUGGCCGAGCAGGAGAAGCUUCGGGAUUUACAAACCCAGCAAGCACCCGGUGAGCAGCACGAAAUUGAACGACUCAAGUCGAUGCUGGAGCAGAAUGAAAACAAACUCAAGGUCCACCGUUGGCCUUGUUCGGUGUCUCACAUGCCCGUAGAAACACCAAGAACAAAUCUCGACCAAACAAUCGCAGAUUCAGGAAUACGAAGAGUCGUUGGCUACCAAGCAGGCGGAAAUUGCACGGCGCGAGGUAGAAGUCGAGCGAUUGAUGGACGACUGCCGCCGUGUGAUGCAGGAGCAUGCCGACGUGGCUCACUGCAAGCAGCUAGAGCUCGAGGAUGCACUGCUGGACGCUAAGCAGUCGCUGGAGAAACAGCUCGAGAACAACAACCUGAUGCACAUUGAAAUGCAGCGCCUGCGCCAAGAGAAUGCGUCCCUGAAGCAAUCGAUUGAAGAGUUCGACUCGAAGAUCGCGCCGAAGCUCGUGCAUUUGGAAGAAGAAAAUGCCGAGCUCAAGCUGCGGUUGGGGCGGACAUAAACUUCCUUGCACAUCACUUGUGUACAACCACUGUCGUCGUGGCCGAGGUGGCCAAUAUUUUCAUAUAUAUUGAUAAUUGUCUAUAUAGUUACGUUUGGAAAUAUCAAUGGAUCAUUUAUU